AUGGUGACUGAAAAUACGAAAACGACCGAGGUGAACACCGCAUCGAAGAGGAUGUCUGCCGAUUUAUCCCAGGGACAGCAGCCGCCGACGAAGAAACGAAAAGUCUACACGGUAAACAUCGUGAUGCAGGCAACAUCUUUUGACGGGCUAGAACUUAUAACAAAAUAUAUUGACGCUCGAUGUGAACAACUGCAAACGUUUGCAAAACUCAUAAACGAUUGCGCCCGGCUUCUGGUAACAGAGAUAGAACUCAGGCUUCUCAAGAAAAACUUAGACGAGGACAUCGUGAAACAGACGUUCUUCGCAAACUAUCAGGAAAUUAAGCAAAAUUGUGCCAUGCAUGGCUGGUAUUUAGCGGCAGACUUUCAACUUUUUGUCUGCAGUCAAUUUGUGAUAUAUGCAUUUUGGCGUAUGCCGCGUAAAAUAGGAUAUCCUUUUCUCGGGGUAUUAACAUUAAUAAGUUGCACUGUAUCUUUUUUUGCUACUUAUAUAUACAAUAUACCAGCCGUUUUACAGUUCACACUGCACGUAACUGCAUUAGACAAAGUGGCGGAGUUUAAAACGUAUUAUAUCAAAACACAUAUGAAUGCCACUGGAUACCUUGUCGGUAUAAUCGCUGGUGCAAUACUUCACGAUCACAAAGGUAGUACGUGGCGUUUAUCUAAGUUCUGGUCACACAUCUUGGUUUUUCCGAUGCCCGUGGUUCUAUAUGUAGCCAUCCAAUAUUAUUCGCAUAAAUUUUUUAUAUUCAGAGAGCCGAAUCUGUUGAAAGAAGCAAUUUUUGCAUUUUUCCAAAAGCUUAUUCCUGCCUUAUGUGUGUGUUCCAUAAUAGUUUUGUUAUCCAUCGGCAGUCAAUCAAAAUUUUACUACCGCUUCCUUACACCACGUUGGGCGCGGCCAUUAGUAAACUUAACUUAUGGAGUAUAUAUCGUGCACCUGAUAAUUUUUGAGGUUAAGAUAAGACAAGCAAGAACUGCAACAACUUAUAGCAAUUUUAACAUUGUGAGUAUGAAAAAAUUGAUAUAUGCCAUUCUUCUUAUUACUUUUAAAAACAUAACCAAGUAUAUCAUGCAUAAUGAAUAA